AUGUUUGAGGAACUGCAAGGAGACCAGAGUGACUACAGAGGAGUGAACGAGGCGGAGAGUAGUGGAGAUGAGGUGACAGGGGCAACAAAAGGCCAAUCAUGUUGUCGGCAACCCACUCAAACACCUAUUGAGUGCAUCCUUAGCCGAAUAGUGAGGCUUGAGGAGGAGGAUACACACUGCACAAUUUAUCGAGGCCUAGCAACUCAGGAUAGUGUCGUGAAUGUGACUAUUGGAUGUGAUGCCACUCUCAUCUGCACCUACACCACUACUGUGACCUCCCUGGAGAAGCUUGUCAUCCAGUGGUCUUUCUUCCGUAAGGAGUUGCAGCCUGUUUCCCACAGCUCGUGCCUCAAUACUGAGGGUAUGGAGGAAAAGGCAGUCAGUCAGUGUCUAAAAAUGGCGCAUGCAAGAGACGCUCGGGGAAGAUGUAGCUGGACCUCUCAGAUUUACUACUCUGAAGGUGGACAAGCUGCAGCUAUUGGGCGAUUUAAAGAUCGUAUCGUAGGGUCCUCCCAACCGGGUAAUGCAUCUAUCACCAUUUCUAAUAUGCAACCAGCAGAUACCGGGAUUUACAUCUGUGAUGUUAACAAUCCUCCAGACUUUGUUGGCAAAAACCAAGGCAUCCUCAGCGUCAGAGUGUUAGUCAAACCUUCUAAGCCCUUUUGUAGUAUUCAAGGAAUACCAGAAACUGGUCAUCCUGUUUCACUCACUUGCCUCUCUAUGAUUGGAACACCUGCUCCUGCAUACUACUGGUACAAACGUGAGGGAAAAGACAUCAUUCCAGUGAAAGAAAGCUUCAACCCAGACACCGGGAUUUUGGUUAUUGGAAAUCUGACAAAUUUUGAAAAAGGUUAUUACCAGUGCACAGCUAUCAACAGCCUUGGUAAUGGUUCCUGCGAAAUUGACCUAACAGCUUCAUAUCCAGAAAUGGGAAUUGUUGUGGGGGCCUUUGUGGGUAGCCUGGCAGGUGCUGCCAUUAUCAUUUCUGCUGUGUGUUUCGCAAGAAGCAAGGCAAAGGCAAAGCAAAGGAAAAGAAAUCCUAGAACCACCACAGAGCUGGAACCAAUAACAAAGGUAAACCAGAAUACAGAGUGCGAGACAGUGCCACCUGAAGAAGCCAUCCAGGUAGAAGCAACUCAGCCACCUUCCACCCCUGAGGCGGACCCUACAACUCUCCUGGAGCUAGACCGUGAGCCUGCUCUGAAGCCUGGUGCAGGGCCUGUGCCUGCACCUGUCCCUGGGCUUGACAUCGUGCCCGGGCUGGAGCCGAAGCCGGUGCCGGAGCCAGUGCUGGCCCCAGGGCCAGGGCCGGAGCCGGAACCUGGGGUGGCAGUUGGGCCCCUCUGUGAUGAGAAGUGA